ACCGAGUCUGAAUAUGAGGGAGAAGAUGCCGAAUGUGGAUCUGAAUAUGAUGGAGAAGACAAUUAACAUGAAUCUGAAUAUGAGGAGAGGGCGACGAAUAUGAAUAUGAAUCUGAGGGAGAAGACUGACGGAUAAGUGCACGUUGCUCUUGAAAGCUUCUUGAUCCACUACCACGAAUUAUUCCCUUGUGUUCAAACGUCAAACAAAUUGAGGGAGCUAUGGCUAAUUGGGCAGCUGUAUGGAUGGAGACUGAAGAAAGGCAGAUGAAGGAUGAAAUUUGAUGUUGACUGUAUUCCCUCUCACAAUCUUGGUGUGAACUUGCUAAUUGGUACCCAGAUGUUCUUUUAUGAGGAAACUCUCGAAGGGCUUGUCUGAACCGGGAGAAAAAUUAUGGGACUGUGUUCUUGUUGCUUUCAUUGGUUAUUUGUUAAAAAUGUGUGCUAUGUAGAUCAUGUGGCUUUCAAGAGCCGAGAGUCAUGCUGAAUCCAAUCAUUUGAAAGAGCAACUCCACACUCUUUCUUAAUGCGCUUUCAACAUGCGUUUUCCAAAGACAGAGCUCUCUCCCUACUUUGAGUUGCAUUGCUUCCAAGCAAAAAAGUCUCCUCACUUUCCUCCAUGGACAACAAUCCUUCACAGUUCCUCCCGUCAGAGUUGAUUGACCGGUGUAUAGGUUUGAAAAUCUGGGUUGUAAUGAAAGGAGACAAGGAGCUUGUUGGUACUCUUAGGGGCUUCGAUGCGUACGUCAACAUGGUCCUCGAGGAUGUCACUGAGUAUUGGUCCCCGGUGGCUCCCCUGAUCUGGAAUGAGUUGGAUUCAUCCUCUAACCCCAGUGGCAAAUUAUGUAGGUUGGCUAUUCGGGCGGAGUGCUGUUUCUUGAUUUUGCGGUGGCGGCAUUCUUCGGAGUUUUCUAGAGGUUUUCAGACUGCUGAAAGAGUGAGCUCAGAGCUCGUGAGGUGUAAUAUUGCUUGCGGAGCUUGGUUAGAGUGACCAUAACAAAUUCUUGACUU